AUGUCAUCCUGCCCGAAACCUUUCGACCGUGUAACCCUCAACGCAGAUUUUGCACUGACGCCUGCUACGUCGCGAGUGAAGGAGAAGGGCAGGACGUCACUCAGUGGUAUGCGGUGCGCUAUCCUGGNAAUAACAAAACCGAGAGAUUGUUGAUCUGCGUUGGUGGAAGCGUUGCCCGCGAUAUUUUUAAUCGAUGGGCUGCAACCCGCACGCCUGUGCUUAUGCCUUUGGCGCCUAUGUGUAGUGCGCCAGACGUACAGUUCCUGUAUCUCAUGUGCCUCCUUCGCUACGGUCCGUCAAUAGUAUUUCAGCGUUCCGAGUCAAGUCGAAAGUUAAUUGCAUGAUGACACUGUUCCAUAGCAGAAUUUUACUUGAUGUCCCAUUUUUCAAUAAUCGAUGUCAUUUUUGUUUGUUGCCAUGCGCCGUCCGUACGAAACGCUGAACUGUUCCGUCGACGUCCCUGUAGAUACUCAAGCAGCACGCCAGAACCACGUGGUCAAUGAUAGUCGACGUAGGACACACCAGGCUGGCUCUAACUUUGAGCGAAGUAUACGGCGGUGACGUCUUCACCGAGGACCUCGCA